GGCCUAGCACGCGGCCACGCUAGCCCCGCCCAGGGAAGUCGUUGUCCUCGCCUUCUGCAGGAGCCCGCGCGCCUCAGUGUCUGCGCCUGCUUGCCCUCCGCUUGGUCCUGCAGCUACCACUGCCCUCCUGCCGUCCACCAUGGCCCUGCUGCAUUCUGGUCGCGUCUUCUCCGGAAUCGCCUCCGCCUUCCACCCAGGCCUCGCCGCCGCAGUCUCCGCUAGAGCCAGCUCCUGGUGGGUCCAUGUGGAGAUGGGACCUCCAGAUCCCAUUCUGGGAGUCACCGAAGCCUUUAAAAGAGAUACCAAUAGCAAAAAGAUGAAUCUGGGAGUUGGUGCCUACCGGGACGAUAAUGGAAAGCCUUAUGUGCUCCCUAGUGUCCGCAAGGCAGAGGCCCAGAUUGCUGCAAAAAAUAUGGAUAAGGAAUACCUGCCCAUUGGUGGACUGGCUGAAUUUUGCAAGGCAUCUGCAGAACUAGCUCUGGGUGAGAACAGUGAAGUUUUGAAAAGUGGCCGGUUUACCACUGUGCAGACCAUUUCUGGAACUGGAGCGUUAAGGAUCGGAGCCAGUUUUCUGCAAAGAUUUUUUAAGUCCAGCCAAGAUGUCUUUCUACCCAAACCAACCUGGGGAAAUCACACACCCAUCUUCAGGGAUGCUGGCAUGCAGCUGCAAGGUUAUCGAUACUAUGACCCCAAGACUUGCGGUUUUGACUUCACGGGCGCCAUGGAGGACAUUUCAAAAAUACCAGAAAAGAGCGUUCUUCUCCUGCAUGCCUGUGCCCAUAAUCCCACUGGAGUGGACCCUCGUCCAGAGCAGUGGAAGGAAAUAGCAACAGUGGUGAAGAAAAAGAAUCUCUUUGCAUUCUUUGAUAUGGCCUACCAAGGCUUUGCCAGUGGUGAUGGUAACAAGGAUGCCUGGGCCGUGCGCCACUUCAUCGAACAGGGCAUUGAUGUUUGUCUCUGCCAAUCAUAUGCCAAGAACAUGGGCUUGUAUGGUGAGCGUGUGGGAGCCUUCACUGUCAUCUGCAAAGAUGCAGAUGAAGCCAAAAGGGUGGAGUCACAGCUGAAGAUCUUGAUCCGUCCAAUGUAUUCCAACCCCCCUCUCAGUGGCGCUCGAAUUGCCUCUGCCAUUCUGAACACCCCAGACUUGCGAAAACAAUGGUUACAAGAAGUAAAAGGCAUGGCCGAUCGCAUCAUUAGCAUGCGGACUCAACUGGUCUCCAACCUCAAGAAGGAGGGUUCCUCCCACAACUGGCAACACAUAACUGACCAGAUUGGCAUGUUUUGUUUCACAGGGCUAAAGCCUGAACAGGUGGAACGACUGACCAAGGAGUUCUCCAUCUACAUGACAAAGGAUGGCCGUAUCUCUGUGGCAGGGGUCACUUCAGGCAAUGUGGGCUACCUUGCCCAUGCCAUUCACCAGGUCACCAAGUAAUGUCCCUGGUGCAAGGGAGCAGACACAACCUCUGUGUCUUCCGCCACUGCUGUUGUGAGCUUCACACGGAGGAUGAGGGAGGGUGAAUGGCAGUGCGUGGAUCAUUUCUGUCAACCACAGUACAUAACACUCAGCAAUCGAAUGUGUUUCUCAGAAAAGAACAUGUAGUGACAUAGGGCAGAGGCAUCCAUGGCUGGCAUCUGGGACUUUGUGGCUGUAAACCAAACUUCCCUGUCCUUUUAUCUCCAACUUUUCUGAAAGAGUUUACACAUGCAAGAAAGUCAUAGUACCAAAAACCCUGUAAAUUAUGCCAUUGCAAUAUUUUAGAAGCUUUAACUGAAGCAACUUAUGGUGUCAGUGGCUCCUUAUGAAAAGUAGCACUUAUCAGAGGCUUGCAGAGAAGACCUUGUUCUAUCACUGACAGUCGGCCUCAUGUUGUUCUCCAUGAUGGGGCAACCUUUUCAGCAGACCAUAUUGCAGAAAUUGUGUUUUAUGAAUACCAAGGAGUCUGCUGCUACCACAGCAAGGAAAAUUAAAGAAGCUGUCUCCUGUCUUAUUUAAGAAAAAGAGAAGGCUCUCUUCUCUUUAUCAUUGCUGUUCUUUUCCUUACGCACAAAGUUUUCUAACUAACCUAGAUUUUCAUCCCAUGCUACUGCCUGACUGACCAUCAACCCCAUCCUCUCAGGAUUUAUUUAAGAAUGAAGAACAUGAUUUUCUGCUCAUGCCACAUCCUCGUCUUUCUCAUCAAAGAGCAGUGGAGCUGUAGGUAACUACACUUGAUCUCAGCAUCCACUUCAGUGAUUGUGUGGUGGUCUCCAUCGGGAUGUUGCCCUGGUCCAGUUGGACCUCCUCCCUUUGUUCAGUGUGGUACAGUCACUCAUCUCACAUCAUGAAUGAAGUGAUACAGGGUAGUACCAGGAAAGGCAGCAUUCUGAGCUUUUCGUGCUGCCAGCUGGACUUGGGCUUCACCCUUUGUACAGAUAACCACCAUCUGCUCCAGUCAUGUAGACUUAUUGCAGCCUGGUUUCUCUGUUACAAUAAAAUUACUGUAGACCCAACCA